AUGGAGGGUGAAACCAAACAUGUUAGUAUUAAGCAAAAGAACAAGAACAUGGAUGUCAUAGAUAUCCUCAAACAAACUCUUACAAUCUAUUUCAAAAACAUUUAUUUCAUUAUCUUCACUUUCCUCAUUUCACUUCCUUUCUUUCUUCUCAUGAUUUACUUUGAAACGUUGUUCCAACAAACCAUACUUCUAACUCCAAAAAUCAUCUCAUCUUUACCAUUUCGAGAAAAAAAUCAACUUGGUUUCUAUUCAAUUUCCGACCACAGAUUCAUUCCUCAAAAUGAACCAAGUUUUAGUCAUGAUUAUUUACCUCUUUUGGUUCAACUUGGAUUCAUCUACUCUAUCCCUCUUCAUGCUCUAGAAUUCUGUUGUAAAGUAUUAACUAUGGAUCUAGCUUCAAAGCUUAUAAAUUCACAAGACAGCAACACCAAAAUGAGUCUCAAACACAUGUUUCGGAAUUCAGUUGAUGCAUCAAUCAUGAAAGGAACAUUUAUCACUUCUUUGUACACACUUGCUUUAUCAAACUGUCUUCUUAUUGCAUUUCCAUGGACAGUGAAUAAUUGUUUCAUUUUCUCUAGUAGUACUUUUUGGUGCUAUGUAGUUUUUGGAAUGAUUUGUUUUGUAGCUAUUGGAAAAUUGUUGAUGGUGUAUUUGGAAUGGAGUGCUAUUUGGGAUAUGAGUAUUGUGAUAUCAGUGUUGGAGGGUGUUUAUGGAAUUGGAGCUUUAAGAGUUUCAUAUCACUUCAACAGUGGAGGUAGUGGAAUUUUUCUACAAAUUGGAGUUCUUACUGUGAUGAAUACAUUGAAAUGGGUGGCUUCUGUGAUUUAUUACAAUGACUGCAAAGAGAGGAAAAUGGAGAAGAAAGUUGAUGAUGAGGAAAUAGGUCAAAGUGAGCUUCAAAGUAGGAAUUCAUGA